UCCAGAGGAGAAGGUGGGCGGGGCCAAGCGGCGGCCGCCCGCGCUUUUCGGCCGUUAGCGGCGGCCGUUGAAGGGAGGGGGAGGCCUGAACCCACCCCCACUCCCCCCUCCCCGGUUAUCGCGGCGAUGAGCGGGGCCGCUGCGGAUCGACCCCCCCUCGCCAAACGCCACCGUUUGAACUCGCCCACCGGGACGGGCCCGGUCGCCGUUAUCCGUCGGGAAACGUCACCUUCCGCCGGAGGCGGCGGCGCGCAUGCGCGAGAAGGCGGCGGCGGGCAUGCGCGGUGCGCCGGGGCGAGAGCGCCCCCUAGCGGCGGCUCGGAAACCCCCGCAGCCUUCAGGGAGGGCCCGGGGACCCCGAUGGCGGGCCCGGGGACCCCCAAAGGGGGCCCGGGGACCCCCGGGAGGGUCAGGAGGAGCCUGGAGAGCCACGCUUCCCUCGGGGGGGAGCUGAAGACCACCAGCAGGCGCAAGGGGAAGGUGGGGAGCGCCGUUACCCGCUGCUCCGAGCGGGGGAGAGUGGGGAAAGGGGACCUGGAGACCACCGGAGAGGUCACGGGGAGCCUGGAGACCACCAGUGAGGCCAUGGGGAGCCUGGAGACCACCGUUACCCAUUGCUUGGAGCAGGGGAGGAGGAGGAAGGGGGACCUGGAGACCACCAGAGACACCAUGGGGAGCCUGGACACCACUGUUAUCUGCUGCUCCGAGCAGGGGAGGAGGGAAGGGAGCCUGGAGACCACCAGUGAGGCCAUGGGGAGCCUGGAGACCACCGUUACCCAUUGCUUGGAGCAGGGGAGGGGAAGGAAAGGAAGCCCAGAGACCACCGGAGAGGUCAUGGGGAGCCUGGAGACCACUGUUACCCAUUGCUUGGAGCAGGGGAGGGGAAGGAAAGGAAGCCCAGAGACCACCAGAGAGGUCAUGGGGAGCCUGGAGACCACCGUUACCCGCUGCUCGGAGCGGGGGAGAAAGAGGAAAGGGGACCUGGAGACCAUCAGCAAACUUGAGGGGAGCCUGGAGACCACUGUUACCCACUGCUUGGAGCAGAGGAAGAGGAGGAAAGGGAGCCCAGAGACCACCAGCAUGGCCACAGGGAGCCUGGAAAGCACUGGAGAGGUCAUGGGGGUCCUGGAGACCACCAUUACCCACUGCUCGGAGAAGGGGAGGAGGAGGAAAGGGGACCUGGAGACCACCAGCGAGGCUGCGGGGAGUCUGGAGACCACCAUUAUCCACUGCUCGGAGCAGGGGAGGCGGAGGAAAGGGAGCCUGGAGGCCAUCGAAACGCCUGAGGGGAGCCUGGAGACCACCACCGUUGAGCCCGAGGAGGGCCUGGAGACCCCCAUCGCCCACCUGGAGCAAGGCCAAGGUGGGAAAAGAGUCCCAGAGCCCGAGGGGGGUCCAGCCCCUGGCACGUGGCAGAAGGGCCCGGAGGAAUGCGCGGUGAUUUCCCUGGGGGAGGAUGAGGAGGAGGAGGAGGAGGAGGAAGAAGAGGAAGGCCCCGGGCGAUACCUGGCGGCGCUGGAGGCCGUGCAGCUGGAGCUGGACGCCGUGGAGGAACAGGCGGCACGCGCCUUCCGCCGCCUCCGCGCCAAAUUCUGGUUACGCCGGCGGCCGCACCUGCAGCACCGCAACCGCCUCAUCCAGCACAUCCCCGGCUUCUGGGUCACCGCCUUCCUGAACCACCCCCAGCUUUCGGCCAUGAUCAGCGACCGCGACGAGGACGCCCUGAGCUACAUGACGAGCUUACAGGUGGAAGAAUUUGGCCAAACCCACCCCGGCUGCAGAAUCAGGUUCUUCUUCAGCGUCAACCCCUACUUCCAGAACGACGUCGUGGCCAAGGAAUUCACCUGCGGCCCCUCCGGCCACCUGGUGUCCCAUUCGACCCCCAUCCGGUGGUGGCAGGGGCAGGACCCCCGCGCUUGCCCCCACAAAGGUCCCCCGGCCCCUCGCAGCUUCUUCGCUUGGUUUGGGGACCACAGCUUCCCCGCGGGGGAUCGUAUCGCUGAGAUCAUCAAGGAGGAGCUAUGGCCAAACCCGCUGCAGUUCUACCUGCUGGGCGAGGGGACCCCUGAAAGUGAGAGCGGGGAGGACUGCGUGGUGAUCGUGGACGACGAUGAGGACGUCCAGGAGAUCCCCGAUGACGGCAGUGGCGUGGAAGAGGUCCUGAGUGAGGAGCCCCCCUGCCCCCCAGACAGAAAGACGGACCCCAAUGGGGACAGAGAUUAAUUUGGGGGGGGGGGGGGAGCUGGGGGUGCUACACCCCCCCUCUUCCCCCCAAGGCAUUGCGGGUAACAAGGGGCUGGGGGGGCCCCCCAACACAGCUCAGGGUGUUUGUUGGCCUUGAACCCCCCCCCCCAAGGCCCCCCAAUCUCCCCAGCUCCCUGGGGUUCCCCAAAAAUCCCCACCCCACCCCAGAGAAGGAGAAAUAUGACCGAUUUAGGACCAUUUUUGUACAUUUUGGGUCAAGAACUUGUAAAAUUGUCUUUUUAUAUGUAAAAAUAUAUUAUAGUAAAGAUUUUA